AUGUUUUUCAAAUCAUUUUCAUCUUAUCUCUUGGUGUUGUCUCUGCCAUAUCCUUUAAUUUGGGCACUUGACCCGGUGCAAUCUGUUUCGGAGAUCGGUUUAGGUAUUUGGGUCGAAAAUUUGGCAGUUCGAUACACUGGUCAAAUACUUGCGGCCAGUCUCGAACCUUCGCUUUACCAGAUCGAUCCAGCUGGUGGCCCUCCCACUGUCCUGAUGAAUUUCCCUCCCCCGAUCACAGGGAUCGCUGGUAUAACGGAGACCCUUCCUGAUGUGUUUUACCUCGCGGUUGGAAACAUCUCGAACCGGACUAUUUCGGCUAGUCCAGGAACAAUGUCUGUUUGGGAAGUUGAUUUGAACCAAUGGCAUCCAGAUUUGGAUCCGAAGUAUUUUGCAAGGAAGGUUGUCGAUUUUCCAGAAGCGACUAUGCUCGAUGGAAUGACGACGCUGAAUGCUAUCGAGGGUCUGAUCUUGAUAACAGAUCCCGUGGGAGGAGCAAUCUGGAGCUUGAAUGUGGAGACUGGUGCAAAACAGAACAUUCAGCUUCCCUUCAUGAAAUCUCUUGACGGCCAUAUUCCUGCAUUAGGGGUGAACGGGAUCAAAUACGCAGACGGGGCUUUAUACUGCACUAGCACGGACCAACAACUAUUUGUUCGUCUGCCAAUUGAUGCAUUAGGAGUGCCCACAGGCAGUCCUAUUACAAUAGCAAGUGGAUUUGGCCAGCCGGAUGAUUUCGCCUUGGACGAGGCUAAUAAUGCUUAUGUGGCUGUCAAUGCAAACAGCCUUGUUCUUAUUCAGCCCAACGGAGACUUUAGGACUCUGGCGGGAGGGGACAGCUCGACUGCACUUGCUGGCAUCACUGGAGCUAAAUUCGGACGUAAUAAGCAUGAUCAGAAAAUUUUAUAUGUAUCAAAAACGGGCGGGUCUUCGAGCUAUUUUACAGGAAAUUUUCUAGUCCCAGGGGGAAUUUCGAAGGUUCUGAUUUGA